AUGUUUGCCGGGGUAUUCACACCUAUCCGGCAUCCCUCUGUCCUCGAUUCUGGGGGACACCCAGGACAAUGCCCAGCUGCUUUCUCGCCAGCACUGAAACAAUUGCUGAGGACCAGCCACUUGACCACAAAGUACGUUCGUAAUCAAGCAAUAUUCUGGAACAUGAGGCAAGGGGCUCUGGUCUGCGCACCCUGGAAUGAGACGAUCGGCCCCGACUGCGCCGGGGUUACGCCAGAAGAGCUUGACGAUCCCAGGAACCAGGGUGCCAGCCUGGCUUAG